AUGAAGCCAGCAGAGAUCAGAUUCUCUCUACAGAGACCUCUACAGCACAGAGAUCCAGACAUGACACCUACAAUCACUGCAGCAAUGACCAACUCUCAGGAGCAUCUGACUCUGACCCACAAGCUCAGAAAACCUCUGGUGGAGAAGUUACGCAGAGAGCGAAUCAACAGCAGCAUUGAGCAGCUCAAGUCUCUCCUGGGUCCAGAGUUCCUCAAACAGCAGCCAGACUCUAAGCUGGAGAAAGCAGACAUCCUGGAGAUGACAGUUUGCUUCCUGAGGCGACUGCAGCAACAUCAUCAAGCUGUGGAAUCGGCAGCUUUCGAUCAGGGCUAUUCCAGAUGUGUCCAAGAGGUGGCGCACUUCUUGUCCAAGGAGGAGGUGAAGACUCAGUCCCAGAGAAGACUGCUGAACCACAUCAGCAAGCUGCAGUCUUCGUCUGAUAAGAACCUGAGAGAGGCUGACUUCUCUCUCCUGAGCUCCACAGUCCAGACCAGCAUCACCAAAGACAAGAGUCCAGUCAACAGCGCCCCCUGGAGGCCGUGGUAG